AUGGCGGCGUCCGGUAGGUCAGCGGUGGUGCUGACAGCCAAGAACAUUGUUGUACAGAUUUGUCCAUUUGAAUCCAAUGUUCGUUCCACACGGGAGUUCCUAGUCAUGGUUGGAUCUGAGAAGGCCAGAUCUACCAGUAUAAACUGUGAGGUGAUGACAGAAGUGAAACAUGACCAGUCUGAACCACUGGUGGACAUUACAUUUAUGGAUGGAGAAAGGCUAAUGAUGAAGGGAGCGAGACUGACCAGCAAGGAGAUGCUGACAGCACUGCAGUCCCGAUGUGUAGCCAAGGACCCCCAGGCCAAAAUUACAGCCAAGAAGUAGUCCCACCCUCAGUAAUAUUUAUGUGUC